AUGCCUACUUGUUGCGUUGUUCCAAAUUGUAAAUCUCGAGGAAGUACUGGUAGCGAUAUCCACUUUUUUACGUUUCCAAUCAAUGAUGGAAUUCGUUUGGAAAAAUGGCUGUUGGCUAUAAAUCGUCAUGGAUUUAUACCUAAGAAGUCUAGCCGAAUAUGUAACAUCCAUUUUUUAAAAACAGAUUUUGUUGAUAGUCCAGGAGGCAGUUAUAAGUUAAAACUUAAACCCACUUCAAUAUCCAGUAAAUCUCCAGUACAUCAGUCAGAUGUAUUAAAUACGACGCCAAUAACUAUUCAAUCACCUACAGCAAAACGACCUUUCCUAUCAUCAAGUGAUGAUGAUAGUAAAGACAAGUCCUGGGUUUGGUCAUGGACAGAAACUAAGAUUCCAAAAGCAACAAGUUCCCCUGUACUUAUUACUCCUUCAAAAAAAAUGCGUCCAGAAAUUAGUUUCCCUAUGUCACCAAGAGUUAAAACUAGUACUCCAACUAAGUACAAAAAACAAAUAAGACUGUUGAAACAAAAAUUAAGGAGACGAGAAGCUACAAUAAGAAACAUGAAAGGACUCUUAGAUGAUUUAAAAAACAAAGGUAUAGUAUACAGUUUGUAA